AGAAUCUUGCGCAUGCGCGGUAACAAGUUUGAGAGGAAAACGUGAAGGUUAUCGUCUGUUUUGUUCGUUUUACUGAACCAGAUGAGAUUCUGAGCUCCCAGACCCGCUUCAGCUGACCCAAGUUCGAGCUGAAGGAUCCGCCAUGACCUCUCCAUCCUUCUACGCAAUGCGCAUGGCCCGCCUCAGCUCCAGGAUCUUUGGAGAAGUCGUGCGUCCAACCAAUUCCCAAUCCAUGAAGGUGGUAAAGCUGUUUUCGGAGCCCCCCAUGGCCAAAAAGAAGGAGGUGUACGACUGGUACCCACAGCACAGGGUUUACUACGCCAUGACCUACAAGCUCCGCAUCAUGGGCCUGUUCAGAGAUGAGCAUCAGGACUUCAAGGAAGAAAUGGAGCGUCUGAGGAGACUGAGGGGCAAAGGCUCACCAAAGAAGGGAGAGGGGAAGAGAGCGGCCAAGAAGAAAUGAGGAGAGACCUUUCUGCUCCUCCACAAAAAGUCAGGACUACAAUCUGAGGAGGCUCAAAGAGUUGGACUGCAGGUUGUUUCUGUGAGAGGAUGCUAACGCUAAACAACUCCAUUAGCCUCUCAGUUUCAUCUGAAGCCUUCCUGUUAGAUUGAACCAAUAUUUAGUUAAAAUGCUCCUGUCCACGUGGACUGUAAUUAUUCAUUUUAGAUCUGAAUGCUGUUGUUUCUGAACAGAUGAUGUACAAGACAUACAGAGUGAAAAUACAAAUGUAAAUAAAACAUUUUUUAAAACUGUA